UUUAUUGAUUUGUUGUUACAAAAAAUGUAUUUAAAUAUCAUUUGUCAGUUGUCUAGUAACGGUAGGACAAGCUCACACAACAUAGGUUUCGGACUAUAUGGCGCUUUGUAAAUUAUCCAGGGCAAUUUAUCCUAACUUGCUAAAGAUAUCAGUUCUUGUCUAUACACGUAAUAUUUUUUUUAAAAUUCGACCUGACAUGGUAUAUUACUAGCAACAGGGUCACUAGACUCUCUUACUUACGAUUCCUUCCCCACCUCCCCCACACAAAAUUCUAGCUGAACGGACUUUUUCUGCCUUGAUUUUUAUAACGAUUCUUUGAAAUAAUUACCCUACAGAACCCUCUGGAAACUAGGUAAUAACAAAAACUUCUGAUAUUUAUCUAUAUAUAAUAUUUACGGUCAACGCAUCGCGUAGAAAGGAGUGGGCACGGCAAAGAGGCUGCAUUGAAACAUUACUUGAGCUGUAGCACAACGCGCUGCACGCUAGCCGGUUUAAAGAAAAAAAUAAUUGUCUAUGGUGUAUAGAAUAAAAAAGGCGCGAAUCUUGAUUUAAUUAUUUUUAUUCGUUAGUACUAAGUACUUUUGUAAAUUAGUUUUAAGAUAAGAGUAACAAUGAAGAAUUUACAAGUGAUAUUGUCAAUUUUUGCGGCUAUGAUCGCACGAAGCACGUCGGACACAAAUAUGUUCGGCGGGCGGUGUUCUCGUAGAGACCCUAAUGUGGAUGCCUGCCUUCUACGCAGCUUCAAUAAUCUCAUGGAGUAUUUGAAAGGAGGAGCCCCGGAGCUCGGUAUUGAAGAGUCAGAACCCAUUGUAAUAGAUGAGCUGUCGAUUGCGCUGGGCAGCGGUCCAGAUGGUUACCGAGCCACUUUCAAAGAUAUCCAUGCAACUGGUGCCUCCAAUAUGACCAUCACCAACGUUAGAUCUGAUUUGGAGACGCAUCAGUUCCAAAUGACUCUCUUCGGGCCCCAUAUCAGCGCUCGCGCCCGUUACCGUUCUUCUGGUGUGCUGCUGUUAGUUAGAGCGUCUGGUGGAGGCGACUACUGGGGUGAAUACGAUGGCGUGAAAGCAAAGGUUUACUUCCGCGGUACUCCGUACACGCGCGAAGGCCGCACUUACCUGAAAUUGCGGCAGCUGAAACUGGACUUCGCCGUGAGAGACAUCCAGAUGGGCGUGGAGAACCUACAGAAUAGUAACUCUGUGCUACAGGCAGCUUUGAACCUGUUCAUCAACACCAACGCACAAGAACUUCUAAAGGAAAUGAAGCCGGAACUGAAGAAAGAUCUAGCCGACAAGAUGUUGCGAUUCUUAGAAAGGAUUCUAGAGAAAGUACCGUACGACGACUGGAUCGUAGAUUAGCUUGAGGAGUUCAGGCAACGAGCUCUAAAUGUAUUGGUGCUAGUGAUAUUUAAAUACACUUGUAUCAAAUGUAUUAAAAUAUAAAUUCAAUGGGUAGAUUAGAGUUAAAUCUAUUGUUCAUAACACUAAAUACUUUUCAAUAGAUUAAGAGCAAAUGAUUAACUUUUCGAGGUGUUUAACUUUCAUUAGUUGGGAGCUGGGACGUUAUAUUUAUAGUGAGAGAUGACAGGCUAAUCACUGAAUUAUAUUCCGUAAAUUACCACGGAAAGUAGUUACUAUUAUUUCCUUUAAUUCUUAGUUGUCAGGAGUUUAACCCAUUAUAAGUUCAUUGACUCGUAUAUUAAAUCUUUUCACAAUACAAAUAAAAUAGUCUACUCGUAUUUACUAACGUUCGUUGUAUCUGUUUUUAACUCCAUAAAUAUCAAUUUCAAUUCAAUACAAUAAUACAAUUUUUUUGAAUUUGUAUAUUUAUUUAACACACACCGCUAUAUUAAAUAUUUAAUAAAUACGAUUAGAAAUUUCAUUCUAAGUUACAUAACAAAGUUUUUAUUAGAAUCUUAAUUUUUAAAAGGCCUAAAACUCUUUUACUAUUUAAAUAGUCCAUUUUACUUGUUUGAUUUCAUAUAAUAUAUUCUAAUCGGUUAUUAACGUUCGCAUUUUAUUUACAUAAAGGAAAUUAUAUUUUUAAGUAGCAUUUAAGUAUUUGAGUACAAGCAACCAUUAAUGGAAGAAACCUUAGUUAAUGGGUAUUUUAAUGAAACAGUCCUAAUUUUUAAUAACUUAUAAAUAACAUAUUUUUCAAUACACUUUCUCGUAAAGUGUAUCUAAUUUCACAGAUUUUCGUUAUAUAAAGAAGUUCAUAAAGCACACAUGCUUUAUGAAUGCAAAUAAUGAAGUUUUAUUCCAUAACUUCACCAUUUUCUGUUUCUUUAUCAAAUUUCGACCGACCGCCGGAGAGAGUUGGCCAGUAGGCAGCGUGCUGAUUUAAAAAGUAAAACGGCGGAAAAACGGUUUUAUGCUUGUGUUUAUUUAAAAUCAAGUGUGCUAAAAACGUCGUACGAUAUGC